UUCACGCAAGGAAAUUGUAAAGAGAACAAUGGAGGGUUUUUCUCAUUGAUCUAAACAGAUUGGAUCUGAAAGCCAAACUGGAAGAAAGAAAAGGCUAGAAUUUGAUGAAGCUGCCCUGAACAAGAGAAACACUGAUUUUGCUAUUCUCAGUAGAGAAACUUGCACUUGUGAUAAUUGCCAUUGUGGACUACUGGCUCUUUAAAAGCAAAAGCAGUAGAUCUACUAGAGGGCAAGGGAUGUAUUGAUUGAUUCUGAACAAAGCCUAGGGCAGAGCUAGCAGACGCUAAGCCAAUUACUGAGACAGACAACGCAGAGCACAGAAUACUGCAAUUCAAGGGUUUAUUCGAUUUUGCCUAAUCCUUGCAUAUUGGAAGCUCACAGUUAUAUGGAGAAUAAUUCUAAAUGGAUUUUUUUUCAUAGUGGUUCCCAUGGUUACUAAUUACUGAAGGAGCCAAAACAUAACCAAUUCAGUGUACUUCGCAGACAAAAAUAACAAUUUUCAGCUUUGAAUGAGUGACAGCAGAAUGAGUUCCUUUAUUUCAUCCAUGUCACCAACUCUUAGACAUGGAAACAGGCAUCUUAGUGACAAAGAUUCCGAUUCAAGUUCUGGAAUGUCUCCCAAAAGGUGUCCCUACAAAGCUGGAUCAAUAAUUCCUCAUACUGAGGAUGAAUAUGUUGGCUUUGCCUCUUUACCAGAGCAAGUCCACAGGAAAGCUGUUAAAAAAGGAUUUAACUUCACACUUAUGGUUGUGGGAGAAUCUGGUUUAGGGAAGUCCACACUGAUCAACAGUUUGUUUCUCACAGAUAUCUACAAGGAUAGACAGAUACCAUCAGUUGAAGAUAGAAUGACAAAAACAGUUGAAAUAGAAAAGCGCCAAAUAGAUAUAGAAGAAAGAGGGGUGAGGCUUAGGUUGACUGUGGUAGACACACCAGGCUAUAGUGAUGCUCUCAAUACACAGGACUGCUGCAAAGCAGUGGAAAACUUUGUAGACGAACAGUUUGCACAGUAUUUUAAGGAUGAAAGUGGAGUUAAUAGAAGAAAUAUUCAAGACAGUCGAGUCCACUGCUGUCUAUACUUUAUAUCUCCCUGUGGCCAUGGGCUAAAACAAGUGGAUGUAGAGUUCAUGAAACAACUUCAUGAAAAGGUGAACAUAGUUCCCAUCAUUGCCAAAGCUGACACACUGACUGCUGCUGAAGUAUGCAAGUUAAAAAACAGAGUACUUCAAGAGAUAGAUGAACAUGGCAUCAAAAUUUAUGAGUUUCCGGACUGUGACAGUGAUGAAGAUGAAGACUUCAAACAACAAGACAAGGAACUCAAGCUAGCCAUCCCAUUCUCUGUGAUUGGCAGUAAUACAGUACUGGAGGUGAAUGGAAAGAAAAUUAGAGGUAGACUUUAUCCAUGGGGCAUAGUAGAAGUGGACAAUCCCAAACAUUGUGACUUUUUAAAGCUCCGUCAGAUGUUGAUCAGCACUCACAUGCAAGAUCUAAAAGAUGUCACCCAAGAUGUUCAUUAUGAAAACUACAGAGCUCAGCACAUUUCAGAGGAAAAUAAGAGAGAUUUACAAAGAGAAAGGAAGUUAAAAAGAGAGUCAUGCACAAGUUUAGAUGGUGUUGUUGAUGCAGAUAGGCUUCUUCAGCAAAAAGACGAAGAGAUUCGAAGAAUGCAGGAAAUGCUGAAACAAAUGCAGGAACAGCUUCAUGUAUCAGGAGGAAGGGCCAAUGGGACAGCUUGCUGAAAGAAUUCCAGAUGAUGUGAAACUGUAGUUUAUUUUACUUCUUAAUGUUAUAGGAAGAAAGGAGUUGGACAGAAAUACUCUUGAGAGUAGUAUGUUAUUUGACAUGAUCAGUAAAGAUGCAUGACUUAAUUUUUCUGUUGAUACAGAUUGGUAUAUAAAAAAAUUGCAUGGAUUUCUAUAUGUCAUUGAAUAAACCUCUUCAAGUUCUUCUUAUAAUAUGUGUAUUUUAACAUAAGAUUACUAUAAAAGUAAAUUCAUGUAUGAGCAAUGCUAUAACAGCACCACCAAGAUACGAUUUUCACAUAUCACAAUGUUCAUAAGAAUACAUACAAAUACAGAUAGAAUGAAAUUAUGAUAAUGUUUUGGAACAGAACAAAGAUUAUCACAACAUGGGAAGGCUUCAGAAAUUAUAAAUCGAACAAAUGGUUGCAUUCUUCCUUGUGUAUUUUUUAUUUCUAUUCACACAAGGUAAUAUGUAAAAUAUUUUCCUUUUUUCCUCUUAGUGUUAGGUACCUUGAUAUCAGCAUUGUAAAUAUUACAGUGACUUAGAUUAUAGAGACAUGGACAACACUGACACCUCCAAACUAUGUGAAGCAAUAUGGAGACAAAGUAGUUCAGUUUGCUCCCGCGUGUCCCAGUAUUUCUAUUACCCAUUUGUCACCAUGCAGGCAAUUAAGAAGGAAAAAAGUAUAAUCCCAAAUAAGUGCACACUACAUAAAAGCCCCUACUGCAUAACUGUUCAAGUUGUUCCAGUAAAUAACUUUUCAGGAUGGAAAAGUUAUUAAAAAGAUAAAAUUAUAUUUUGGUGUAUAUUUGUAUAAUCAGUUUUUAAAACAACUGCUUUGUAAAUUAUUGUCAAAUGACACAUUUAGCUGAUGCCAAUCACUUGAGGGCACAGGGGAAGAGGAAAUAAAUGCAUGUGAAUGGGGAUUUGAAUUGCCAAACUGCUAUGAGAACUGAUAGACAAGAAUAGGUUGUAAUUAGCUAACAAAUAUAUCUGUAUUGAUAAGUGUAUAUGUUACAUAUAUGUACUAGAAAUAAAAAAGUGUACUAUUUAA